CAGCGGAGCAGGAAAACUUUUCUUGGUCAAUUUGGAGGCGGCUGUAUUACAUCGGAGCUACGUGAUGAAAAGUGAAAAACUCUUAUAUACCGAGUUCUGAAGUUUGAAAAGCAACUUGGUCGCUGGGGUACAAUGGGACUCCCCACUUUGGAGUUCACGGACUCUUUCCUGGACAGUCCGGACUUCAGAGAGCGUAUCAAAUGCCAUGAAAUCGAGCUAGAGCGGACAAAUAAAUUCAUCAAAGACCUCAUCAAGGAUGGGAAUAUGCUCAUCACUGCGCUCAAGAAUCUUUCUGCUGCCGUCCAGAAGUUCUCCCAGUCCCUGCAGGAGUUCCAGUUUGAGUGCAUAGGUGAUGCAGAGACAGAUGACGAGGUGAACAUUGCCCAGUCAUUCAAAGAGUUCUCCCAGCUGUUGAACACUGUUGAAGAGGAAAGGAGACGCUUGAUUCAGAAUGCUGAUGAUGUGUUGAUUACUCCCCUGGAAAAGUUUCGCAAGGAGCAAAUCGGUGCUGCGAAGGAGGGGAAGAAGAAAUUUGAUAAGGAAACAGAGAAAUACUACUCCACGCUUGAGAGACACCUCGGCUUGUCGUCCAAAAAGAAGGAAGCAUAUCUGCAGGAGGCUGACACGCAGAUUGAUAAGGAGAGACAACUCUUUUAUGACGCGUCCCUUGAGUACGUUUUCAAAAUACAAGAAGUGCAAGAGAAAAAGAAAUUUGAGUUUGUUGAGCCGCUCCUGGCCUUUCUUCAGGGCUUGUUUACAUUCUACCAUGAAGGAUAUGAGCUAGCUCAUGAAUUUGAGCCAUACAAACAGCAGCUCCAGUUCAACCUGCAGAACACACGAAACAACUUUGUGAGCACCAAGCAGGAAGUGGAGAAACUGAUGAAGAGGAUAAGGUCUGCAGAUCAGGACUAUAAACCCCCAGGCCAGUGGACGAUGGAAGGCUUCCUGUAUGUCCAGGAGAAACGUCCUCUGGGAUGCACUUGGACACGUCACUACUGCACAUAUGAGAAAGGCAGCAAGACCUUCACCAUGAGCAACACUGAAAAUAAGUCAGCCGGGAAACAGAAUGGUCUUGUCCUGAACCAGCCAGAGAUGUUCAAGCUCAAGUCCUGCAUUCGACGGAAAACUGAUUCCAUCGACAAGCGUUUCUGCUUUGAUAUCGAAGUGGUGGAGAGAAAUGACAUCUAUCGUGGAACUCUUUUCAGACCGCUUCAGUUUUUCUGUAAAGUCCGGCAUGGCGUUAUGACACUGCAGGCACUGUCAGAGUCCAACAGAAGAUUGUGGCUGGAGGCCAUGGAUGGCAAGGAGCCGAUUUACAACCUGCCAGCCAUAUUAAGCAAGAAGGAAGAGACAUUUCUUAAUGAGGCGGGCUUUAACUUUGUAAGGAAAUGCGUUGACCUGGUGGAGAUGAGAGGGAUAAAUACAUUGGGACUGUACAGAAUUGGAGGGGUCAACUCCAAAGUACAGAAGCUGAUGACUACAGUCUUUUCCUCCAAGGCACCAGUGGAUAUGGACCUGGAUCCGGAGACGUGGGAUAACAAAACUAUCACCAGCGGUCUGAAGAAUUACCUCAGGUGUCUCUCUGAGCCUCUAAUGACCUUCAAGUUCCACAAAGAUUUUAUCAUGGCUGUCAAGUCAGAUGAUCAGAACUACAGGGUGUGUGCUGUUCAUGCUUUGGUUCAUAAGCUGCCCGAGAGGAACAAGGAAAUGCUGGAGCUACUAAUAAAACACCUCGUCACAGUUUCCACACAAAGCCAGUACAACCUGAUGACGGUGUCCAACCUGGGUGUCAUCUUUGGGCCUACGCUGAUGCGGUCACAAGAGGAAACGGUGGCCGCCAUGAUGAACAUCAAGUUCCAGAACAUUGUGGUGGAAAUACUCAUCGAGAACUUCAUCAAGAUCUUUCACCAGCCUCCGGAUCCCAAUGUCCCCCUGCCCCAACCUCAAAGUCGGCCUGGCUCUCGCAGGAGUAGGGCCAUCUGUCUGUCCACAGGGCCCAGAAAGCCCCGCAGCCUCUACACCCCAACAUUGUGCCUGGCAGAUGCAGAAAGUCCCUGCAUAGGUGACACUUUUAGCAGCAGUCCAAGCAGCACCCCCAUGGGCAGCAUGGAGUCUUUGUCCUCCCACUCCUCUGAGCAGAAUAGCUCCUCCAAAACAGCUUCCUCUGCUCAGGUCAAGGACAAGUCGCUCCUGGACCUCCACCGAACGCCAUCACAGCUCUCAAAUGGCCCCAGGAGCACUGUAUGUGUCAGCAGCCCAGAAUCCAGCUCCAAGGAGGAUGCAGGGCGUACAGAUGGAGAGUCGGAGGACGCUCUCAGCCUGUCCUCAGUCAGCACCACACCUAGGCUGUCUCCUGCUCCUAAAAAAGCCCCCCACUGCCGCACUGACCUCAGGCCCGCACUGCUAAAUCGCUCAGCUGCUCCCUCUCUGAAAUCACUGCAUAUAUCUGAAGGCCACAGGAGCUGCUCUGGAUCUGUCCAAAGUCUGUCAACAGUGGAGCCCAAAGAGAGUUUAAAGCCUACUGAGCACCCAGACCUUCCACCAAAACAAGUGAUCCGCCGCAGGAUGGACACCUCUGUCAGCAACGGCUACCAAAGACCUGGCUCAGUGGUUGCUGCCAGAGCACUGCUUUUUGAAAAUGCCUCCAACCCUCAGUCUAUUCCAGUCGGAAGAGACGCCAAAGCGAUGUAUUCCUGUGAGGCAGAGCACAGCCACGAGCUCAGCUUCCCCCAGGGGGCGCACUUCUCAAAUGUCUACGCCUCUGUUGAACCAGGCUGGCUCCAAGCAACAUACGAAGGAAGAACAGGUUUAAUCCCUGAGAAUUAUGUCGUCUUCCUCUAACAAGCUCGUAAACAUUGCAUCUUUUUCAUGGUAUCCAUGGAAAGAAUAAUACACAAUGUGGUUGAUUGUUGUAAUGUCAUUAUUGCUGGUAAUUGUAACAUUUCUGCAUUUUAUGCUGUCUUAGCAGCACCACAGUAAUUGCUUUAACAGUGCU